CGCGGGGCUGCCGGGCACGCGGGCCCGGGGUCUGCUGUGCGGCGCGCGGCCCGGGCAGCUCCCGCUGCGGACGCCUCAGGCAGUGUCCUUGUCGUCGAAGUCCGGCCUGUCCCGGGGCCGGAAAGUGAUGCUGUCAGCGCUGGGCAUGCUGGCCGCAGGGGGUGCAGGGCUGGCCGUGGCUCUGCAUUCUGCCGUGAGUGCCAGUGACCUGGAGCUGCACCCCCCGAGCUAUCCGUGGUCCCACCGUGGCCUCCUCUCUUCCCUGGACCACACCAGCAUCCGGAGGGGUUUCCAGGUAUAUAAGCAGGUGUGCUCCUCCUGCCACAGCAUGGACUACGUGGCUUAUCGCCACCUGGUGGGCGUGUGCUACACAGAGGAAGAAGCUAAGGCCCUGGCAGAGGAGGUGGAGAUUCAGGAUGGCCCCAAUGAGGAUGGGGAGAUGUUCAUGCGGCCAGGGAAGUUGUCCGACUACUUCCCCAAACCGUACCCCAACCCUGAGGCCGCCCGAGCAGCCAACAGCGGAGCACUGCCCCCUGACCUCAGCUACAUCGUGCGAGCUAGGCAUGGUGGCGAGGACUACGUCUUCUCCCUGCUCACGGGUUACUGUGAUCCACCCACCGGGGUGUCGCUGCGAGAAGGCCUGUACUUCAACCCCUACUUCCCUGGCCAGGCCAUCGCCAUGGCCCCUCCCAUCUACGACGAGGUCUUGGAGUUUGACGAUGGUACCCCAGCUACCAUGUCCCAGGUAGCCAAGGACGUGUGUACCUUCCUGCGCUGGGCAUCUGAGCCAGAGCACGACCAUCGCAAACGCAUGGGGCUCAAGAUGCUGUUGAUGAUGGGCUUGUUGCUGCCCCUGAUCUAUGCCAUGAAGCGGCACAAGUGGUCAGUCCUGAAAAGCCGGAAGAUGGCGUAUCGGCCGCCCAAGUGACCCUAUCCUGUGCCUGCUGCCGUCCUGCCUGAACAGGCCCCCCAGCCAAGGAGCCACUGUGGGCCACUUAAGGCCUCAGCUGGCCCUUCGGCGAAGCCCCUUCCUCUAGGACAAGAGGGGAGGGCAGGGGCAGGAGACCGUGCUCCAGCUCCUUCAGCCUCCAUCAUGGAAAUAAAUUAAGUUUCUCAACAUAC